AUGGCCUCCUGUAUUCUCCUUAUCCUUGCGGCCUUGCGGCUCGUCAUCGCGGCUUCUUCUACUGCCACAGAAACUACCAGCGCAACUACCUCAACCAACCCUUCUGUAAUUGCUUCCGAUCUUUCCUCGCUGCCAGGCUGCGGUUUAAAAUGCAUCUCGACAGCCGGAAAGAAGAUUGGCUGCGCCGGUACUGACCUAGAAUGCAUGUGCUCGCACAGCGAUGCGUUUGCAGACCAUUUCCUGGAAUGUCUGGGAAACGAGUGCACUAUUAAAAUAUUCAAAAACAUCUGGGACGUGGACCAGCAGAUUUGCGACGCGGUGAAACGUAGUUCUAAUUCUGUUGCCUUGGCAUCAGCCUCAGCUGUGAUUGCGUCCGAUAUGCCCCAAAAGACGGGGAGCGGUGCCGAGCGUUUGACUUGCGCUGGUAUACUCAGUGCUAUUACCUGGGGAGCUCUGUUGAUAUAG